UUUGGCAAGGUCUUUGGUGGAGCUUCGUGAAUUGAGUCUCAACUUCACAGUAGGCAGCAUCCUGCUACUGCCUGAUACACUCCGAUAACCUCCUAAUCUUAUCAACGAUUCUCCAGAUGACAGAAGAAGGACUGCUGGAAACCCUCCCGAUACCCUUCACCUCUGCUUCCUUCAUCCAGGCGCUCAUCACGCUCUCUGACAGCGAGGCUAUUAGCUUGUGCUUCAAGCUGCUCAUCUCUGGUAAAGUCGACGAUGCUUCCUUAGCCAAAGAUGUCAUAGGACAAGGGCUCGAGAAGGGACUCGUGUACUUUGCGGAUGUCCUUGCUUCACCAGAAGAAGUGACAGAAGAAGAACUUGAGAAAGUCGUUGGAGCUCGGGAGGAGACAUUGCGGGCCUAUUUGGGACUAGAAGAAAUGCGACGCCGACUUGACACAUGGGAGAUCAUUUCUCCUAAACAAGUAGCUGCUACUGAGGCCAAAGUGGAAGCGCUCGACGCUCUUAUGAUCGACAAAGACGAAAGACAGCCACUUCCUCAAGAUGACACGGAACUUGGUGAUCCCUGGGGAGAAUACGGAGAUCCCAAGGAAGAGGAUUCGAAGGGGUCCACCCUUUUGGAUGACCCUUGGUCGCAGGAUUCAUCUGUUCCCGCAUCUGGCUCCACUUCUCAAGCUGUGAUUACCCCGGCCGCACCUUCCACUACCGCAUUCGAAUCCGCCGAUCCUCUUCCGAUCACCAUGUCCGGUUUUCUCUCACAGCCAGUCCUAGUUUCGGCCUUAACUCUCGCGUCUACUUCAUCUUUACAAGCUUUGAGGCUGCUCUGUCAACACAAUCAUGGGGAAUUGUAUCCCUAUAGGUUUGAUCUUUUGGAAGCCGUCCCUGGAUGGGUUUCACCUAGUGAUUUGGAAGCGGUUGAACUAUUGCCCGCAGUGGACAGCGACGAUAAUGAAAGGUGGAUACGCCCAGUAGUAGCAUCCUCUAUUGUGACCCAUCAGGCAUUUCCACAGAUUAUCAACGAUGUGUAUUUACCUCCGUCCAUAUCCACUAUUCCACCUACUAUCCUCCUCCAACCUCGUCAGCAUGCCGUUUCCCCUUCAGAUCUCACAAAAUGGUACACCACUCACGUUCUAUCGCUGGAUGAAGUGGGCAUUCUCGAUAUACAACUCGCUUGGGUUCAGCACGGAGCGUCUUUGGGUGUGCCUUCGCUCGAUUCCCUAGGCGAGGACCUCUCUCUUCUUUCUCGGUUAGUAUAUGACGCGAACCUUACUCAAGACCAACAUGCAAAAUGGACCCUUGGAAACUGGAUGUUAGCAAAAGAAUCAGACAUUAUAGCUGCAUAUCUUUCCAAUUCAACCCCAGAAAGUAUCGUUGACGAUGUUAGACGCCUGGUUAUGCCCUAUCUCUAUGUCCUCGAAUCCCGUGCGGAAAGAGCAGGGAUAGCCUCGUCCAGUCUUGUUUCAGAUUCUCUCAACUCCACAAUACUUUCUCUUCCGCUCCGUUUGGCGUUACCACUGUUCGAGGCAUCCAAGGCUACUCUUCCCCUCUCUGAAAGAGUGAUACGCAACGAUCUGGAUGUGGCUCGAUUGGCUCUUGCAUGCUUGUAUGGCAGCCAAGAAAGAGGCGGUGCCGUUUGGUCAACGAUGUCAUCUAUCUUUGAGUGUCUUCCUGUCUGGGAACUGACUGGAGAAGACGCCGAGGACGAGGAGCUCACAAGUACGACUCUCGAUUCCAUCUCAAAUUUCCUUCGUCCAACAUCUGCUUCCACACCGCCACCUUCCAAGAGCGAUAUUCUUUUAUUUUUCCAUCCUUUACCCUUCGCCUCCCUUUCUCGGGCUCUUGAUAUUCUUGAUGUCCAACUCGAAAGUGGAGAAAUACUGGCCAGAUGGGGUGUUGAAAAACGACUAGGGGAGCUCCUGGGGAUGGCGGGGGAUCAAAAAGCGCAAGUGGAGUUGGCGGAGAGAUUAGCGAGACAAAGCGGAGCUUCAGUAGGGAAAAGCGGGGAUGAUCGUUGGCGCAAAUUAUGGAACGAUAUGGAGAGGCUGUCGAGCGGCGAGGGGCUUUUGAAGGGCGCCCUGGGGACAUUAACUCUACAAACCAGAGGUAGGAUAUACUUUGAUGGGAUCCUACGUUCCGGCGAUUUCGAAAUUGCGAAGAAAAUGCUCAAAAUGCUCCAAGGCGAUGGAGCAAUUGAUGAUGCAGCGGUCGAAGAGGUUGUAUUGAAGGUCUCAAAAGACUUUUAUGUGUCUGCGGAUAGCUGCAACAUCUACACUGGAAACAUGAAGCUCGCAUAUGACUCCUUAUCUGUUGCUCCUUCAACGCCGGCUACUGUCGCUGAGAGGCAAUAUAUCGAAGCUACGUCACGCCUAUCGUCAUUCUCGACUUUCACCUUGUCACCAAGUGAAAUCAGGCGCAAUGUCAAUCCCAUAAGCCUAUUGUCAACAGUUUUAUCUGACAGUUCAAGCGAUGCCUAUAGACUUCCUGAUUUGAUGCUUGAUUUGGCGGAAAAGCUGGGAUGUCGAAGUGAGACAGACCGCGGCCUCGUGUGGGGGAUGGUGGGCCGCGCAGCAAUCGCCAAGGAAGAUUGGGCAAUGGCAAGUAAAGCUGUAGAGAAUAUGGUGCAAAUGGUCAAAAAGAGCCAGAGCAGUCAGACAGCUGUAAAACAGGAGCAACAAGGAAAUCAUGUUACCGAGCCUGGCAAUGCGCUUCGUUCAGAGACUUGGGCUCUUGCGCACGCAUUAUCGUCUCAGUCAGAAUUCUCCGAUAUCUCAGCCAAACUCAAGUUUGUUUCUUCUGCUAUGGAACUUUGCCCUGCUUCGGAGCUACCUUCGAUUAUUGAAACCUUCCGGCAAAUUGAAAAGGGGCGCAUUAGGCUUGAUGAGGCAGCCAGGAGACGAAGGAUGAAGGGAAUUGCCUCCCCCGAACUGCCAUCAGAGCCUUCGAUAGGUGUAUCGAGCGUGGCAGCUGUGCAGGAGAGGGUCCUGGGAUCGCGGACGGCAGCCAAGGCUGCUAAGCUAGCUUUAGACAUUGGCGGCCGUCUGACUGCUCAUCGUCAACUACCAUCGCCCGCUCUACUCUCUUCAGCGACAUUUAGUUCGCCAUUCGCAGGGCAAGAGUUGUCAAGACCGUUAUCCAGAAAUUCAGCCGCAGGGAGUGAAGUUGGUUCAGAUGGCGGUUACAAAGUGGGGGGGUCUUUAUCUUCGGGGAGCGCUGGAGCACGAGAUUUGUUUGAACAUCUGGGGAGGGACGAAGCUGAGAGAGUUAGAAAAGGGGCUAGGAGAGCUUUGGUGAGGGGUGUGGGAUGGUUAUUGGGUGCCGAUGAGAGCGAAAUUGCUGGUGUGGAGCAAUAGUACCAUAGGUAAAACAUCAUGCAUAGAAGAGCACACACUUUCUGCAAG